AUGGUAAAGGUCGGCAAACCAUGUGGUGCUAGGUACUAAAAUCACACACAAAGACAACAGUGCAGCAUGAUGAUGAGAAGCUUGCUGGUUGCCGUGGCCUUCCUCCAGGUGACACUGGGUGCUGAGUUAAGAGGGCUGAAUCCCAACAAGAAGCACUCAUACAACCCAGCCAAGGACUUUACUUGUCUGGAUGGCUCGGCUACAAUCCCGUUCAGCCUAGUGAAUGAUGACUACUGUGACUGCAGGGAUGGCUCUGAUGAACCUGGGACAGCAGCUUGUUCAAACGGACGCUUCUACUGUGAAAAUCGUGGCCACCAAUCAGCUGAGAUCCUCUCCUCUCGUGUCAACGAUGGCAUCUGUGACUGCUGUGAUGGGAGGGAUGAGUACGACAGUAGGGCUGCCUGUGCCGACACUUGUAUUGAGAUGGGGAAGCAAGCUGCCGAGGAACAGAAACGACUCAAGGCUCUUCAUGAAGAAGGCUACCAGAAGAGGCUGGAAUACUCAAUGCAAGGUCGAAAAAGAGUGGACAAUUCUCAUACUGAAUUAGCCGAGAAGAAAGCUGAAUUGGAAAGUGUGAUAUCUGAAUUAGCCGCACUGCAAGCUGCCAAAGAAGAGGCUGAAGAGCCUGAGAGAGAGGCCAAAGAAAAACAUCACGAGGCUUGGGAGGUAGAAAAGGAGGCAAGAAAGCAGGAGCGACGUUUGUCAGAAGCAAAAUUUGGAUUUGAUGAACUUGAUACUAACAGCAAUGGCUAUGUGAGUGUGGAGGAGAUUCAGGCUCGUGAUGAACUUGAUGACGAUGGAGAUGGACUCGUUUCUGAAAGUGAAGCUCUAGAAUAUCUUGAUAACGCGAGAGAGAUUAAUUUUGAUUCGUUUGUGGACAGUGUUUGGGACUUGGUAUCGGAUAAAUGUCAGUUCAAGAAAGUUGACGAAGAGCCACUAUUGCCUACCCCCCACCCUGAAGAGAGAAACGAGGAAGCCCCUGAUGAUUAUGAUGAUGAUUAUGACGAUGAUGAUGACGAAGAAGAUGACAAAAAUUCUGAAUAUGAGAAAAUGCCAGAAUAUGAUGAACCAACCAAGGUGUUGAUAUCAGUUGCUGACGAGGCUAGAGAUGCUUUUAACACUGCCGAUCGAAGGAAAAAAGAUCUCGAGUUGGAAGUCAGUCAAUUAAAGAAAUUCAUUGAAAUGGACUUUGGUUUUGACUUCGAGUUUACUAACUUUUACGAUAACUGCUAUGAGUAUACGGAUCUGGAAUACACGUACAAAAUGUGUGCCUUCAGCAAAGUCUCUCAAAAGUCAAAGAGUGGAGGAAGGGAGACAAGCCUGGGUGUUUGGGGAACUUGGUCACCCGGUAAAGAUUACAAAGAGAUGAAGUAUGACAAUGGUGAGAAGUGUUGGAAUGGUCCGAGUCGCUCGGCAACUAUCACUCUAAAGUGUGGCCUAGAAGAUGAACUGUUGUCAGCAAGUGAGCCGAAUCGCUGUGAGUAUGCUAUGGAGUUCUCUACCCCAGCUGUUUGUGAGCAAGGCAAGCACGGCGGCCCACACACUGAACUGUAGUAGUUUGAACACUCGAGGGCGACGUAAUUCUGAUUGUAAUUAGAGUAGAACAUUCUAGGGCGAUUUAUUUCCGAGUGUAAUUAGCUUGUGGGUUACUCUAAUUAUGUGAAUCAUUUUUUGCCAUUACGAAA